AUAUAGUUAAAAACAAAAGUCACAGUACUAUCUAAUCAUGUAUUUUUCAUGGAAUACACCACAGGAAGAUCAAUUUGCAGUUGCAUUCGUAUUACUCAGUUAGACAUAUUGUUUGGUCUCUCUCGCGAUGUCGCGAUUUCUCCUGUUCUUUUCGCAAGUCGUUUUAUUGUCCUGGACAAGAAUUUCGUCACAAAAAAACGAAUUGACUUGCCGUAACAUCAACGACUACAAUGUGUGCCACUACAAGGCGGUACUUAUCAAAGUUACGCAACGUAGUUCUGAAGAUGGAAAUUUUCAAUUAAAAAUUAGCGAUUUGGCUCUUCAAGAAAUUCAUGAAGACGCUUCAAGAACGUGUCACAAUUGGUUCUAUCCGAUGGUAGAUCGAGAUAUCUGUGCUGAAAAGAAAAUCCUUCCGCCUAACUUGAAGGUUUGUCUAACUUGAAGUUUCUCGACUUUAAUAACAACAUGGUACCACUGUCUGAGUAUUUGUUUGCGGAAUUAUUAUCUCUUCAGGAGCUACCGCUAGAGUUCAACAAAAUCAAAUCCAAAGAACUCAUUUGCCGGCACGUUGAAUUUAACAUUGCUUUUCUUGGCUUACAACAGUAUCACGGCAAUCGAAACAGAAUCCUUCGCACCCUUCCCAAAUUAGUAGGUUUGAAUCUCAAAAAAAAAAAAAA